AUGCUGACAAAGUAUUUUACCAAAGUUGUCGUGAGAUUUAAUCCAUUCGGGAAAGAAGCAAAAUGUGCUCGCCUACUACUGAGUGCUAUUCCUCCAGCCCAGCGCUUGUCUGGAGUUUCUGUUCAAAAUGAACUACUCACAACGGAUACAACUAAAAAGCCCACAGUUAAAAUAACGUUUAAAGAUAAGGCCGAGAUGGAGGUAGAUCCCAGCGGUAUGACAUUCAAGGAACUGGGUAACUAUUUUGAUAGACACUCUCGUAAAUUGCGCUUGAAAGAGAGCAUAGAGUCGCAAUAA